AUGCAGUUCUUCAUCGCCGCAGGCCUCACCCUAUGCCUGGCACCCAGCGUCUUCUCCUCCGCCAUACCCGUCCCCGUCGACACGAGCCCCGCCCUCGACAAGCGAGUAGUCCCAAUCACACCGCCUCAAGGAACCGUGACCUGCCUCGGCUACGGCGUCGCGGAAAGCGCCAUCCUCGCUGCCAUAAACCAAGGCACUGCAUGGGCAACGACCAGUCCUCCCACACAAAUGGGCUCAAGCGCCUACCCCCACAUCUACAACAACUACGAAAGCCUCACCUUCCCCAACUGCGCCGGCGUCACCAGUCUCUGGGAGUACCCCGUGCUCCGCUACGGCGCCAACCCGUGGGUGCCGAGCAAGAACACCAAAAUGCCCACGGGGCCCAACAACGCCAGGGAGCCGGACCGGGUCAUCUUCGCGCCGGCCAGCGCCGACUCGGUCACGUACUGCGGCAUGAUCACGCACGACCCGACCAUGUUGACGAACACGGGGAAGCUGGGCGCGUUCGUCCUGUGCACCGUUUAG